AUGGGCUUAGGAUUUAGUAAAAGCAAAAAUACCCGAAUCACUGAUCAAGAUAGAACUAUUCUCAAGUUAAAACAGAAAAGAGACAUGUUACAGCAAUACCAAAGAAUGAUUAAAGCAUCAUUAGUUAAUCAAAAUGAGAUAAAGCAACUGAUAGCCCAAGGUAACACAGAAAAAGUAAGAAUAAUAAUAAAAAAGAGGAUUUUUAAAGAGAAACUGAUAACCAAAAUUGAAGGAUUACUAUACAACAUUGAACAAAUGGUGAACGAUAUAGAAUAUGCCAGAAUUGAGUCAGAAGUAUUGGAUAGUCUGGUAGCUGCUAACGAAAUCCUCACAAGCAUCAAUGAAGUAUUCGAUAUUGACACUGUUGAAGACAUACUGAACGAAACAACGCAAGGAAUAGAGAGACAAAAAGAAAUUAAUAAGUUAAUCAGUAGACGUUUAAUAGAGGAAGAUGAAGAAGCUAUAGAAUUGGAACUGGCAGAAAUAAUUGCCCAACAGAUGCCUGUAGUACCUGUAACAGAAAUUGAAAGAGAUGCGUCUGAAGAUGAAAUCCAGAUUAAAAAGAAAAAAGAAAAGUCUGUGAAUGCCCAUUAA